CCGAUGGGCAGAUUAGAUAAUUAAAUACAAAUACUAAUUUGCAUGAUGAAUUUUUAAAAAAAAAUGUGACGGCUGCCUGGAAUAAGAUUCCAUGUCUUGGUGUCAACUAAUUCAAACCAUGGACGUGGCAACCACUCUAACCUUCUUUCUUUCCCAACUGCAAAUUAAACCAGACACAUAAAUGGAUCUCUACCUGUUUUCCUUUGUGACACAAAGAGGAGAGCUUUACAGAUCCCUUCAGUUUGGAAUCGGGAAAAUGUGGAACUGCAAGAAUUUAUAUCAGACGCUGACCCUGAAAGAAUCCUUUCACCUCCUCACACUCAACCUUCUCAGCCUUUUGCUUCCCCUCUCCUUUCUUCUCCUUGCCAGGCUUUCCUGCGUUAACUAUAUCUUAACAACCACCGCUUCAAAUCCUUCACAUUUUUCCCCACCUUUUCUCUUGUCUUUCUACUUGUACACCAGCCCAGCUGUUGUUGUUUCAGUCGUUAGCAUCGCCGCCCUUUUCCACGGCUUGACAGGGAAAAUCACCUUGGCGAGUGACUCGCCAGAUGCCGUUUACCGGCCCCGUUUGUUGGUCGCCUGGAUCGUUCUAUGUAUAAUGCAAGUUUCGAUUGGAUUGGGGAUUGAAGGAAGCAUAGCAUGGGGAAUCGAGGGUGGGGGUUUUGGCGUAGAGAGGAGCCUGUUGAGUAGAAUAAUAUUCUUCUUGGGUUUGCAUGAAAUCACGUUUCUUUGGUUUAGAACGGUGGUGAAACCCGUGGUGGAUGACACUAUCUUCGGGGCUGCUACGCCAGAGAAGUGGAUUCAAAGGGCCGCCAUUGCUCUCAGCGUCGGGACCUUGUGGUGGUGGAAGCUGAGAGAUGACGUGGAGUCGUUGGUGGCUGUGGCGGAAGCUAAAAAGCAGCUAUUGAUGGAGAUUGAGAUGGCUGACUUUGUUGGGUGGUGGUUGUAUUACUUGACCGCCACGAUUGGGAUGGUUAGAGUUGUUAAAGCUCUUCUGUGGCUAGGAAUUCUCUUGCUUACAAAAAACACUACUGCUGAAACCAGCCAGGUGAUCAAGACAAGGUCUAAACUUGGUCCGUUUUUCUUUCUUUUUGAUUAAUUAUGUAAAGACUAAAGAGCAUUCCUCAAGUAAAUUAAAUAAUUAUACUACAAUCAAAUAAAAUUUUAAACAUUUAUUUUCAUCAAAUAA